UAUGUCGACAAACUUAUAUAAAGUCCUCCUCGUCAUAUUUUCUACCACUUUGGCUGAAAAAUGUGAAGUUGAAGAAAUUAGUGGAAUCGCUUUAGCUGGCGUUAAGGCUCCGUAUAGCAGACUCAUUGGAGAAUAUACAACGCACCAAGAACCUUUUCAAUGCUUUAAGGCGUGCUGUCAACUUACAAUUGAGAAUUGUAAUACUGCUGUUCAAUAUUUGAGUAACGGAAGCUGGAUAUGUGUUCAUGCCUUUUGUUCAUCUCCCGAAACUUGUAAAUGGACAUAUUUGCCUAAUUCCUAUGCUGCUGAAAAUUUUAAACGUAUCAAGACAGAAACGUCAUCUUUUGUUUUAUCGACUACAACCGUCCAGACAGCAGACACUACUGAAGCUUUAAUCCAUUCGAAAAGCACAUCCAAAAUAAUAACAAGAAUAUUCACCUCGACGGAUGGUACUAUUUCUGUAACUGAUAAAGCAUCAUCCACUUCUAUGAAGCCAGGAGAAUGGAAAGAUAUCUUAAAUAAGAUCCGUCAUAAAAAAAAAUUCUCCAGUAAAAGUCCAAACCUAACUGAAGUUCCUCAUUCUAAUGGGUUUAUGAACCGUAAACGUCCACAUAAGCAUUAUCCAGGCAUGGGCAGAGCUUUUAAAAACGACGACAUAAAUUGGAAUAUGUGGAUAGGCAUAAUAGUUAGUUUAUCAGUUGUACUAGUCUUCCUUCUUCUCAUUCUAUUCCGACAAAUAUGCAAGAAACGUGUCAGUUCCUAUACGCGACUCGAAGAUUUGGAUGUAUCAGCGAAAGGUAUGCUUUGGUAUCAAGAUGAUAUGGAAUAA